AGCAAGCUUCAUCGCAGGAGAGCAGCAUCCCGGAGAAACGCACUGAUAACUGACAGAGGAUUUACACGUUUUUUUCUUUCGCAUAUCAAUUUAUUGUGUUGCCAACCAAAUCGUAUUCACAAUGAAGGAAAGGAGACUUACCCAGCCUCUGGUGGCGAGAUGUAAACUGGUUUUGGUUGGGGAUGUUCAAUGCGGAAAAACGGCAAUGUUGCAAGUCCUGGCCAAGGAUUCCUAUCCUGAGACAUAUGUUCCAACAGUAUUUGAGAACUAUACAGCGUGUCUGGAGCUGGAGGACCAGCGAGUGGAGCUCAGUCUCUGGGACACAUCAGGCUCUCCAUACUACGAUAAUGUCAGACCCCUGUGCUACAGCGACUCAGACGCUGUGCUCCUCUGUUUCGACAUCAGCCGCCCAGACUCAUUUGACGGUGCACUGAAAAAGUGGAAGACAGAGAUCCUGGAUUUCUGCCCCAGCACACGCAUCCUCCUGAUAGGCUGUAAAACAGACCUGCGCACGGACGUGUGCACGCUUAUGGAGCUGUCAAAUCAGAAGCAGACACCCAUCUCACAUGAGCAAGGGUCCUCCAUGGCCAAGCAGCUAGGUGCGGAGUCCUACCUGGAGUGUUCAGCUUUCACCUCAGAGAAGAGCAUCCACAGUGUGUUCCGUACUGCAGCCCUGGCCUGCAUCAACAAGCUGCAGCCCUCCACCAAGCCCAGCCCCGCCCGCCGCCUCUCAAAGAGACUCCUCUUUCUGCCCGGCAAGUCUGACCUCCUCUCCUCCACCUUCGGCAAGGAUAAGGCCAAGGGCUGCUCCAUCAUGUGAGGGAGGGGGGAGAACCCAGACAGUGGUGGCCAGAGAGGCACUCCAUUGACCGGUCCAGCGGGCAAAGGGGGGUGCGGGGUGGGGAAGGGAAAGUAAGGGGGAAAGGAAGGGGUUUCUCUUUAAUCCCUCAGGCCUCCCCAAACAUCCUCCCCACCCCCACUGACGGCCCUCUCAAAAAAAGACUGCUACCCCUCCAUGGUUUACUCUGUGUACUAUAUACUGGUCUUCUUCAUGAUCACCCCCCACCCCUCCCCCCUCCCCCC